AUGAAGGAAUCAGAUCAAUUACCAACCGCCCUAUCCUUUGGAAUAGGAACUGCUGGGAUUCGAAAAGCAGAAACCAUUCGCUUCCGAUUUGGUACGAGGACUAUCACAGCUACCGGUGAAUCUUCAGACGACGUGCAUCCUAAUGUCUUGCGCCUGCGAGUUAUGAGAACCUGCCUUGGACGGGCACUUCAAUCCUUAUUCUGGAUCAUAUCUGGAGUCACUGGCCCGUGGCUGCAAAAUAAAUUCCCAGAAUGGUUCCUACCAGAGAGAAUUGUCCUGAAAUCCCAGAAGCCAAAUUGGGAAGAGGAAUUCGACAAGGAACUCAAAGUAUAUCACAAACUUCAACCUCUUCAAGGCACCUUCAUACCUCGCUUCUUCGGCAUGAUCCAGUAUAAUAAUAUCCGUACUCUGAUCCUUUCAGAUAUUGGAGGGGAAUGCCUCGCCACCCCUGAAGGCGCAGUACUCGACAAACGAGAUCUUCGGGUCUUGUUAGAUCAAACCUUCAAAUCCUUGGCCGAUCAUGGUGCUUACCAUGAUGAUAUGAAGCUUGACAACUUUCAUCUGGUGACUGACCAGGGAAAGGAUAAGAUUAUGGCUGUUGACUUGGAGUCCGUUGAAUUUGACUUAUCUGGAGAGGAACUUACUACCGUGGCUAAGGGAAGCACCGACUGGAUCAUAGAACAGUAUGAGAAUCACUUGGAGUGCAUGGAAUUCGAUUCAGUGAUUCUCCCCAAGCGGGCUCUUCGAACAUUAGUGUAG